UUCUUUAUUGUUUGUUCCUAAAGAGAGUAAAGAGAAAUUAAAUUAUAAAGGGAAAAUGAAAGAAAACUAAGCCAAUUCCUAGUUCUUAUAUGUUGGCAUAUUUAGAAAAUGCACGUGUGCUUGUUUUUUUUUACAUGAACACAAUUGUGUGAACUGUGUAGAAUUUUUGCAACCAGACAAUUACCAAGUGAUUUCACUUGCUGUUGUUUGACGACAGAUAAUCGUGUUUUACUGACAGUGGAAGGAACGGUGCUACCGCUCCAUUUGCCAACGACACCUUGUUAACAAACAGGGAGAAAAUGACGUCCGUUUUACACCACAGACUGAACAGGACAUACCGUUCAGGGGACUGAUGAUGCUUUGCUCCAUUGUGGUGUUGCAUGCUCCGUUCUAAUGCUGACAUUCCUGGUGUCUAAAGAUCGAGUAGUUAAAACCGUAUACGGCCUUUAAAAGGAACAUGGAUUUUAUUUCUCGAAGAACACAACUUAUCAGUGCAUCGUGAACUUUGGCCCAGCUGUCUCGCAUCAAGUCCUUUAUCUCGAACACGAGUGAAAAGAAGAUUAGGUUUUGUCUUUCCUGACUAACUAAAAUGUUAUAAAUGACAAUACGGCAGGUAGGAUGGUAUGGCGGACAGUUCAAGAUAAGUUAACGUAUUCAUAAUCGGAUUAAAUGAUUAAAGAUAAAGUGAGAUGCUUUCAGUAGUUUCCUGCUUCUUCGUUUUUGCGUUACAAGACGCACACACACAGGCACCAUGUCUGCAGUAUAAAUAGGGGUUUGAAUGGGCCCCUUAGUCACAUCCUGUUUUAGAACCAGUAAAAUCAGGUGGAGAAGAAAGUGAAAGUAAAAGUAUGAAGCUGAAGAAAGUACACACAGUGCUACAUGAGAAAUGCUUUUUCUUUUUGGUUUCAAGUAGAAACAUUUGUUUCUCUGUUGAAUCCAGGUUUUAAUGUGGAACCAAAAACUGUCCAUCCACAGGGACAGCCGAAGAACCAUUAUGAAACCUAAGAGUGUACAGUCUCACACAACAAGGUUUAAUUUUGGACCAAAACAUUUUUUCCUGCUUGCUUCAUUAUGGGACACCUAUAAGUUUACACUCUAUAAGUUAACAAUCUAGUUUGAAAUGGACUUGUUUGGUUGACAACCAGAUGCAUUUAUUUAUUAUUAUUAUUUUUCUAACCUUAAUGGUGCCAUGUAUUAAACAAAAGUAAUUCAAAAAGAGUCAUAUAUUAUGGUAUUAUCUAAACUGACGAUGAAUAGUGUUUAGCUAAAACUAUAAUAAAGCAUAUGCAAAUAUAAAGUGUGAUUUUUGCACUGGUUGCCAGGGAGCAAUCCAUGGAUAAGGUCUGUCUGGUUCUUCCUGGAACAGCACAGGUGGUUAUCUGGCUGCUUCUUCCUGGAACAGCGCCGGUGGUUGUCAGGAUGCUUCUUCCUGGAACAGCGCAGGUGGUUAUCUGGCUGCUUCUUCCUGGAACAGCGCAGGUGGUUAUCUGGCUGCUUCUUCCUGGAACAGCGCAUGUUCAAGACUGUUGGGACAAAGAUAGGGAGCAAAUCAUCGAUAAGGAGACAAGAGGAGAACAAUCCUACUGUCUCCAGAGGAGGAAGCACACUGAGGGGAGAAGAGAAAAAUAAUCCUACUGUUUCCAGUGGAAGAAACUGGACCCACACUGUCUUACGAUUCCAAUGAGAUGGAGGAGAGAUCAGAGGAAACAGAUGCUGAGUUUGUGGACGUAUUCAGGGCCAAGCUGAUUCAAAAGGUUACCAUGGUAAUGGCCAUAGCGGAUGACCUGCUCCAGAUGGGUAUGAUCCAUAGAGAGAUGUAUGAUACAAUCAGAGACACCAAGCCCAGUCAGAACCAGAUGAGGGAGCUGUACAAAGUCUUAAACACAGGUGGAAUUAAAGUCAAAUCAGCCUUCUACAAGAUCCUCCAGGAGAAAGAGCCUUGUUUACUCCAGGAGUUAGGUGGAUUUACUAGGAGCCCUGGGAAGAGGAAAGAUGCCAUCACACAGAAAGUUAAAAGGAAACAUAAAGCCAGUCUGAAGGAGAAGUUUAUUUUCCUGUAUGAAGGCACUGCAGAUGAACCAACUCGCCUUGACAGCAUUUACACCCAGCUCUACAUCACCCAGGGAGAGAGUGACGGGGUUAAUAAACAACACGAGGUUAGACAGAUUGAAAAUACAUCUAGGAGAAGAAACACAUCAGACACUCCCAUCAACUGUACUGACAUCUUCAAACCCUCACCUGGAGAGAAGAGUGAAGAGGAGAGACCCAUCAGAACUGUCAUGACAAAGGGCAUCGCUGGAAUCGGAAAAACAGUCUCAGUGCAGAAGUUCAUCCUGAACUGGGCAGAGGGGAGAGCCAAUCAGGAUUUGGAUUUUAUAUUUGUGCUUCCUUUUAGAGAGCUGAAUUUGGUUCAAGAUGAUCAAUACUCUCUGAAAGGAAUUUUUAAUUAUUUUCACCCUGAACUUGAAGAGAUAAAAGAUGCACACAGAUAUGCUGAAUGUAAAGUCAUGGUCAUCUUUGACGGUCUUGAUGAAAGCAGACUUCCAUUAGCAUUUGAUAAGAAUAAGAAACUGAGGGAUGUAAAUGAGACAUCAUCAGUUGACAGGUUGAUCACAAACCUCAUUGAUGGAAAUCUACUCCCCAAAGCUUUCAUAUGGAUAACCUCCAGACCAGCAGCAACCAAUCAGAUCCAUCGUAAGUACAUCAGCAAGGUGACAGAAGUACGAGGGUUCAGUGACAAACAGAAAGAAGAAUACUUUGAGAAGAAAGUCAAGGAUGAAAACCAGGCUAGGAGAAUCAUCUUACACAUGAAGACAUCAAGAAGCCUCCACAUCAUGUGUCACAUACCAGUCUUCUGUUGGAUUACUGCCAGGGUUCUUCAGCACAUGAUGACUGAAGGAAAGAGUGGAGACAUCACAACUCUGACUGAGAUGUACACUCACCUCACACUCAUUCAGACAAAUCUGAAAAGCAUGAAGUACAAUGGCACAACUGAGGAUGAUUUGGACACAAUCACAGAAACAAACAAGGAAAUAAUUCUCAAACUGUCACAACUGGCAUUUAAACAGCUGGUGAUGGGAAACAUCAUAUUCUAUAGGAGGGACCUGGAAGAAUGUGGGAUUGAUGUCACUGAAGCUUUGGUGUAUUCUGGGUUUUGCACAGAAAUCCUGAAAGAAGAGAGAGUGUUACAUAAGAGGAAGGUCUACUGCUUUGUUCACCUGAGCUUCCAGGAGUUCCUUGCUGCUCUUUAUGUUUUCCACUGCUGUGUGACCAAGAACAUCAAGGACCUGAAGUGUUUCAUUGAAGAUGUGUCUUCAGAACUGCCCUUUAAUGAGCUGCUGAAUAUGAUAGUGGAUAAAACAUUGGAGAGUGAGAAUGGACACCUGGACCUGUUCCUCCGCUUCCUUGUUGGCAUCACACUGGAGUCCAACCAGAGCCUGUUACAAGACCUACUGCCCCAGACAGAGAUCAGCUCAGAGACUGUUGAUGAAAUAAAGAAAUACCUCAGGAAGCCGAAUGUAGAGCAAGUCUCACCAGAGAGGUACAUCAAUCUACUAAUCUGUUUGACUGAGAUGAAAGAUGAAUCAGUGCAUGAGGACAUUGACAAGUUCCUGAAGUCAAGAAACCAAACAGAGCAACUGUCAGAUACACACUUCUCAGCACUGGCCAACGCACUGCUGAUGUCAAAGGGUGUGCUGGAUGAGAUUGACCUGAGGACAUACAACUGGUCACCUGAGUUUGCGAGACUGGUCCCAGCUGUCAAGAAAUGCAGAAAUGCAGUACUGGUUGGCUAUGAACUAUGUAAGGAGGACCAUGAAACGCUAGCCUCCAUUCUCCAAUCAGAAGACUCACACCUGAGAGAACUGCACCUGAAUUACAGAGUUUCUGCUGAUCGUAACAACGACGUGGAUGAUUAUGAUGAUGAGGAAGAGGUCCGUCUGACUGUUCUCUGUGCUGCUCUGAAACAUCCACACUGUAAACUGGAGACACUGAGACUGGGUAACUUCAGACUCUCUGAGGUGGACUGUAGAUCACUGGCAUCUGUUCUCCAAUCAGAAAACUCACCUCUGAGAGAACUGGACCUGAGGAACUGUCUGAUGCUGCCUGGUGAUAGUAGUGAACUCUUUAUGGCUCUGAAAAAUCCACACUGUAAACUACAGACUCUGAGGCUGAGUAGGUGUUAUCUGACAGAGAGAUGUUGUGAAGCGUUGGCCUCAGUUCUCAGUUCAAACUCCUGUCAUCUGAAAGAGUUGGACCUGAGUCACAAUGACCUCCUGGAUUCUGGAGUGAAGCUGCUCUCUGUGGAACUGAGACAUCAUUACUGUAAAGUGGAAAAACUAAGGCUGUCAUUCUGUAGAGUCACAGAGGAAGGCUGUGCUUCUCUGGCUUCAGCUCUGAGGUCAAAUCCCUCCCACCUGAGAGAACUGGACCUGAGCUUCAAUCACCCAGGAGACUGUGGAGUGAGGCUGCUCUCUGGUAGACUGGAGGAUCCUGACUGUAGACUGGAGAAACUAAAUGUGGACCAUAAUGAAGAGAUCUGGGUGAACCCAAAGCUGAUGAAGAAAUAUUACUGUGAUCUCACUCUGGACCAAAACUCUGCAAACAAAACCCUCUAUCUGUCUGGGGAGAACAGAAAGGUGGAGAAGCUAGAAGGUGACCUGCUGUAUCCUGAUCACCCAGACAGAUUUGACCCUUUGACCUAUGUGUUGUGUAGAGAGGGUCUGACAGGUCGCUGUUACUGGGAGUUGGAGAGGAGAGGGACGGCUCACAUCGCAGUGACAUAUAAAGGCAUCAGAAGAAAGGGCCAAUUUAUGGUCAGUAGGUUUGGAUUCAAUGACAAGUCGUGGAAUCUGAUGUGUGAGGAGGGUUAUUACACCACCUCCCACAACAGGGAACAUUCUUAUAUACCUGCUCCUCACCUCAUCCAUCCUCCUCAACCCCAGAGUGACCAGACCUCCUCUCCUCCAACCAGAAUAGGAGUGUUUCUGGACUGGUCGGCCGGCACCCUGUCCUUCUAUGAGGUCCACUCUGACACAAUGACCCACCUGUACACAUUCCACACCACAUUCACUGAGCCCCUCUACCCAGGGUUUGGGCUUUGGGAGGAGGGUGAUUCAGUGACCCUGUGUCAGGUAGAGUGUCAGGGGGGUGUUUAGAGGCCGUGUAACUCCUAAUUUACCCCGAUGAUGUUCUCUAAUAAAGAUAUCGAUCCUCAUCUGAUGGAAUUCCGUAUAUAUGCUGGCUUCUAGGGCCAGACGUCUCCAGUGCCACUUGCCAGAGUAAUGCCCUCAUGUUGAAUACUGUGUUGUGGUUUGCAAUAUUUUGCCAGUGGACAUUUCAUGUGUUCCAUCUGUGAUGCUGAACAUUUGAGCAAGAAUUCUGUAGGCUGUGCUGUGCAGUUCGCAAGCAUGCUUUUUAUGCCAUCGCAAUUGCUUUAUACAGAACACAUUUUUCCAUAGGAAUCCCGAGUGUAAUUGGUGCGAUUGACAGUAGGCAUAUCCCCAUUAGAGCCCCCAUGGGAGAACAUGGGGGGGGGGUUUAUGUGAAUAGAAAAGUCAGCUACCGUUGCUGAACGCUUAAUCACCCGCCAAGUGCCGUUUAACACCACUUUAGGCAAUCAGUUUGUCAAACCUGACUUUCCUUGAUAACCCAGAGUUAAAUCUGAGUAGGUUGAACUCCCUUCGUAGUACACCCCUCUGUGUCAUUAUGGGUGUUGUUUCCGUUUUCUUGUUGAAAUGUUUAGUUUUUUAAAGUAGUGAUUUUUGCCGAACCAUGAAAGCGGAGCCGGCCAAGAAGAGCGAAUGGCCCUUAGGGGGUGACUGGCUGACAACCUAUUGAUAAAUUGUGUCGUGGUUGUAAUGUAUUUAUAUUUAAUUUCCCAACUCCCUCUGAGUCACUUUUUAUGGACAAUAAAAUAUUUUCUUUUUCUUUGAACAAUUUUCCAUCAAGAUUAUAUUCAUAUGAUAUCUUGAGGGCAAGCUGAUAAACAAGACAUAUUAUUUCACAGCCUUUUCAUAUUUUAUCCAGGGUGCCCACAAUUCUGGUGGGCACUGUAUGUCUCAACUUCAUAAAUUAGCUAUUCUAGUGGAUUCACAAGCUCCAACCACCAAACAGCCGUCCCCCAAAUUCUUUUUAGCAUGUAGGAGUGAUGUCACUAUCUUUAGUCUUGACAGAUUGAGGGUCAGUGACUGUAGCACACUAUUCCUAUAGCACACUAUUCCUAUAGCACUCUAUUCCUAUAGCACACCACUGCUUUAAUGGUCAGGAUGGGGGCACUACUUAGUGAAUAGUGUGCCAUUUGGGACUGAGUUUGGAUGAGAAGUAACAUUUAAUGUCUCAGUCUCAGCAGUUUAUUUAAUGUAUUGCUGAUGACACUUGGCUAUUGUUCAAUGCCUAACCCAUAUGGAAAAUUAAUAUAAUGGAAUAAAAAACAACAUAUCAAAUUAAUAGUUUUUGGAAAAAUACAUGCCUAUUUUGAGUUUGAUGCCAGC